AUGGGACAGUCGGUACAAAACAACGGCACCCUAUGGCUGCACAUAUACGUAACGAAAGCGGGUCGCGGCGGGCGCACGGCCUACCCGAGCGCCGGGCACUCGACGCCGGACACCAUACACCGGCGCCGGCAGUUAAACAAAUACAAGAAACGCUACUACAAGAAGACGCACAACCUAUUGACGGGCGAAACGGAGGCCUCCAUUGAGGAGCAGGUGAAAGCCGAGGCCAACAUCAAGCAGGAGGUGCUGUCCCACUGGCACCCGAACCUCACCAUCAAUAUCAUCGAUGAUCACACGCCGUGGGUCAGGGGGUCGGUGCCGGUGCCGUUGGACGAGUUCGUGGAGUUCGAGCCCACGACCGGCCAGUACUACCCCAUUGUCUACGUGAAUGACUACUGGAAUCUGAUGCGGGACUACAUGCCAAUCAACGAUACUGUCGAUUCACAGCCAAUAGUGUACAAUCUGCACCUGACAUACCAGCCCCUGUCGAUGUUCCGGUGGCAACUGUACACCGCGCAGGCCAUGAGGUCCCGGUGGACGUCGUUCAUGGGCUCCGACCUCAUGGAACAGGAAUUGCUUUUUAUUAUUACCCAUCUGCACCUGACAUACCAGCCCCUGUCGAUGUUCCGGUGGCAACUGUACACCGCGCAGGCCAUGAGGUCCCGGUGGACGUCGUUCAUGGGCUCCGACCUCAUGGAACAGGACGACGACGAGCAGGAUCUGCUCAAAGAGACAUUCCUCGAGACGUCGCCCAUACUGUUAGGCCUGACGGUGUUGGUGUCCAUCACGCACAGCGUGUUCGAGUUCCUGGCCUUUAAAAACGACUUCAAUAUCACUUAUAAUUCAUAA